AUGUAUAAUUUUAACAGAUUGAAAACCACCUACCGUCAAUUCGAAAUUGAUUUACGGUUCGAAGACAAGGUGCCAAAUUCUACUGAUUUUCCGGCAAAACACUCAGAUAGAGGGCAUCAAAUGGAAAGCAAAGGGUCAAUUCCAAAGAUUGAUUUAAUCGAAAUCGAUGAUUCAAGCGAUGAAGAAGGUCCCAGAGGAAGCACCAAGAACAAUUCGACUCAAGUGAUUCGAAAGCAGAAAAACCCGUCUUUUCAUGGAAGUACUGCUUUUGAUUCUGUUCAACGUAAGCACCAUGCAACCAUAGGAAAUAGCACGUUGACAAAACGGACCAAAGAUCGCAAUGAAUCUCGCAUUGGCUCAACAACAAUCAAAAGACGACGAUUCGAUAAGGAAAUAAGUUCAUUCUUUGAUGGCCGCCAGACUGAAUCAAGUGCCUUUGAUAAUUUUUUCCAAACUGUGGCAGCCAAUCGCCAGCAGACUAAUCAACAUCGAGCAAUAAUCAGUUCCGGAAGCAACACUCGAUCGAUGUUGGGUGAAAGUCGAGUAUCCAGAAUCCCUAUGCAAAGGACUUUAGCUGAAACAAAUCAAAUCGCCAAUUUUGGAAAUAUCCCAAUUUUUGAUCAUCGCAUUAAAACAGAGAGCACAAGUUCAAUUGACACAUCAACAGGAACAUACGGUGGCCCCUUCAUAAUUAACAAAUCCAACCUCACUGUUGACGACAAUUUAGUUGUUGAUUCAAGUGAAAUUGCUUCCAACGAACGACGAGAUGAAACCAGAAGUGAAGGG